AUGGCUCAAAACCAUUAUCAAUGGGGAAGCAAGAGAGCUCUGUCAGAGAAAACUUCUGGAGAGAAAUCUUCAAUGAAGAGUGCUAUGUACGAGAUAAGUAGCCUCGACCGCGUUAACGCCAAAGUCGAUGCCCUAACUCAGAAGAUCGAAAACCUCAUUGUAGCACCUCUAGCCGCCGUGGCUGCUGUUUCCCCAAAUUGCGAAAUAUGCGGAGUGUCUGGACAUGCUGCCCCCGAGUGGCAUCUUUUGACAAGAGUUUCCCCCGAACCAGUAAACUAUGCUCAAGGAAACCCUUACUCAAACACGUAUAACCCAAGAUGA